AUGUUGAGGAAGCGCUUGGUGCUUUCCCAUUUUUCGGCAAGAUACGCAAAGACAUCUGAGGUGGACGAGAGGUCACCGGAUCCGGCGGAGAAGUUGGGUGACGAGGCGCGGCAGAUUCUCGGAGAUGAUGUUAAGGUCACGGUGGCACAGGAUUUCAUGGUGCUGCGUGGCGAUCAAGACUUUGAGCCGGAGCAGGAACUUGCUGUGAAGAGAUAUCCAUGGCACCGAGACACUUCAGUCUGGCCCACAAAGUCUGGGUGUUCCUGCUGCGACUGCUGCGACUAA